ACUGCCCUUUACACUGUUUUGGUUUUCGUGAAAAUGUCCACAUACUACUUUGUUAUUGUGGGGCAAAAUGAUAAUCCCAUUUACGAGAAGGAAUUCAGCACCGUGAACAAGGAACUAAGGAAAGAGGACCACAGACACCUCACCCAGUUUAUUGCCCAUGCCGCCUUGGAUUUGGUAGAUGAGCACAAAUGGAAGACGGCCAAUAUGCAACUGAAAUCCAUUGAUAGAUUCAAUCAGUGGUUUGUUUCGGCCUUCAUCACAGCCAGCCAAAUAAGAUUCCUCAUCGUUCAUGACAACAAAAACGACGAGGGAAUCAAGAACUUCUUUAACGAGAUGUAUGACACGUAUAUCAAACACUCCAUGAAUGCCUUCUAUCGCAUCAACACACCCAUUAAAUCUCCGAUGUUUGAAAAGAAGUCGGAGAUCUUUGGCCGGAAGUUUUUGUUAUCCUAAAUUUGUUAAAACCUGUAGCCAAUAAGUAACUGUUUAAUAUAAAACUUGAACUAAUUUAAAAGAAUAA